UUAUGAAAUAUAAUCGGCGAUUUGUAGCGUGACAUUCGUCUUGUGUCAGGCAAAUAGAGGACGAAUCUUUUAAACAAAACCGUAUUUUGAAAUUCUUUCAUUCGUAACUGUCAUGUUAUUUACAUACCGCAUAUAUCAACGAAAAUGCCAUAGUGAACUUAAACACUUAAAUCAAUCUUCAAAUGUAUACAGACCAAUGACCAGACAUGUAUUAUUAAGAAUACGAUUUUAUCGAAUAUAAUAAAAAAUAGAUGUUAUGUAAUGAUCUCAAAUUUGCAUGUUCAAAAGGAUAUGUAGCCUAAGGAUAAUACGGAUUUCAGCGUCAAGACUUGCAAUAAAAGCCUGCUACUGAAGGAUGAGUGAUCUUUUGACAUACUGAUGGAAGACGAGGAUGAUUAUUUCGUGAGGAUAUGGCUAAGUGUCUUUGACUGUGGAACAGCGACUUUGAGACAAACAUUGAUGAAAGUAUGUGAAAAUGAAAGACCACUGGGCACAGAUGACAAAGGCUGGUCUCUUGACCACCUUUUGAGUGAUCAUCAAGUAAAAAUAUUAAGUAAUUUUAAGAAUCGUGCAGAUGGCAGACAAAAGAAAAAUCAAUUAUUUCCUAUUGGUUCUAAAACGAACAUUGAAGAAUGGGAUCUGCAGUUGGUCGUGUUCAUUCUUAAAAUUGUAGGCAAUUUAGAACAGUCUGUUGGGAAAGCAGUUGAUGCCCUGCAAAACCUUCGAAAUAAACUGUGUCACAUGAAAGAGACAAAGCUUUCUAUUGACAAGUACACUGUUUAUAGAUCGUUAUCAAAAGAUGCAGUUACAUAUCUAUUAAACUUCAUUCAAAACGAAAAUGUGAAAGAGGAAAUGUUGAAGAGGCUCAAAACCAUACACAGAUGUGUCGUUGUCGACAAGAAUAAAGACUGGAAUUGUAGGGACGUGGAGCUCAAAGACCUCAUGACUCGGGUUAAAGCAAAGCUAGAACCUUUAAGCAAGGCGGACGAAGAUGACACGUGUUUUAAGUGCAGUUUUACUGCAGACGAGGCAGCAAAUGUAGGAGAAGAAGCAAGACUAGUGAUAAAUCUUUUAAAUGAUGUGAAGACAAUGUUGACUUCAAAAGAAAUCAAAGUUGAAGUUCCAGACACUAGUAUAGAACUUGUGAUAAGGAACUAUGAUAAAGACGAGACUCAUCGAAUAUCUGAAAUUCUGGUGAACAUGUUUGUCGAAGUCCGAGAUCAAAUCGAAUCCAAUCACGGGAACAACUCACUUGCAUCAGAUGACGAAUAUGCAGGGGUUAAGACUGCCAUUAAACACAUCAUUCGAAAGUUAGCCGAAGAUAAAAUUAAGAUUCGUCGCCAAAGGAACAAAUGUGUGCAACUAGACAUCAGCUGCGAUGAAAUCUCGACGUUUCUCGCUUUGUACGAGAAGUGCAUUUCUGGUGAACUGACGUCACUUAUUGAGCCUUUAGAAGAAGAGGUUAUAAAAGUCACUGGCAACGACUGUAUCGACAUUGAUGUUGUUAUGCCUGAAACAAGCUUCUGGUCCUGUGUUAUCAAGUUUGUGGAUAACGUUCGCCAACUUACAGACGUUGAUUUCGUGUUGUAUGAGACUUUGAAGCGAAAGGAAAUUGCACACAUUCCUGAGAGCAAGAUCUCAGAAAUUCCUGAAGGAGCUAAAACCUUAUUUUUGAGGGACGUAAAUGCAAUUCUGGAGCCAUCUUUUCAAUCACCAUCGUCUCGUCUUGCUCUUUCCCUCUGCCACACAGAGAGUGAAGGUUCUAUUAAUUAUUUUUCACCCGUUGCCUCACCAUGCAACCUUGACGACGACGUAAAUGGAAGCGUUCAUUCCUGGGAACAAGACACACAAGAAGUCAUUGUAUCGCCUGAACAAAUCACACAAGAAGAUGUAUCUCCUGGUACCGAUAUGACCCGUUUCGAGACUGAGCGCACCCCGAGUUACAGUUCUGUGACCAGUGCAAUUUUGAGCGACAGCCCGCUAACGCCUCGAAACCCGACAAGUGAACCUUUGAAAGGGCAAAAGCGAAAUGCCACAUCCGAUGACGAUGGGAUGGCAGAGAGGGAAGAAAAUGAGAGUGAAAAUGUGGAGGAUGGAGAAGGGAGAACUACAGAAAUACAGUUGAAGCAGCAUGAUGAGAUUAACAAAGAAGAUAAUGACCUUCCUCGAAAUGACGUGUAUCGGUCUGGUACACCUCGAAGGCGACGUAAAAGACGGAAAACGAAACACGCGACUUACAUGACAAAACUUAGAGCGUUUCAAAAGGAUCUCAUUCGAUUUUACGUAUUGAGUUGUGAAACUGCACCUGUUUCUCCAAGAAGCAGUUAUCGUAUAAAUGUACCGAAGAUCUUCGUAAGUCCGGAUAUUACUGAAAUGAAUACGUUCACAAAGACAACCAUGAGGCAGUCAACAAACCAAACAGCGACAUAUAAUUACCUUUUCGGUAUUGAUGAGGGUGUAGCCAAAAACGUAUGCAUCUGUGGAGAAAUGGGAGUAGGCAAGUCUAUAGUUUGUAACAUGAUUGUACUGCAAUGGUGCCAUGCGCAUGAUGAUAAACCUGCCAGGUAUACACCUUCCAAGGCUGGAGUUUUUAACGAUGGAUAUGCACUGAAGAUAUUUUCAGUAGUAUUUUACAUCCAAUUGAGCAAAGUCAAAGGUGUAUGUAGGGUGGACGAAAUGAUAAAACGAUAUAUCAUAGACAACCUUGCACGAUCAACCGAUUACAAUGAAGGUUUCAUAACACAGACUCUUCUCAAAGAAAAAUGUCUUCUGAUUCUUGACGGCCUAGACAAGUGGACCCAUCCGGAAGACGGGUAUUCAACACAUGAAUGCAGAGAUAUAUCAUCCCUUCCGCACAUGACAAACUGGCCCAAUAUGGUCACAAUAACAACAUCAAGACCGUGGAAGGUUUGGAAAACGCCUGAACUAGCUAUUGACCGCUGCUUUGUACUUCAAGGUGUCAAGAGUAAUACCGUCGAACAGUUGUUUGAAAACUACAUCAAAGAGCUACCGAGUACAGGAUCCCGUCUGAAACGUUCGUUUGUUGCUUUUAAGCAGUCAGGGAUGGACCGCUUUGAGGAUAUGUUUACUAAACCCGCUGUUUUAGUCCGUUGCCUUUGUCUUUGGUUAGAAGGACAUACAUCCAUCCGAAAUGUGUGCGAAAGUAUUUUGUCGAUGUGUUUUGAAAAUACUAGAGGUAUUUACAAACUGAUGAAACAAGCUAAAGCAGCAUUAAAACAACAGGGCGUAUACAAUGUUUCCUCGAAUGCAGGUUUGGCUGAACCGCUUGGUUCUUUUCAAGAUGCCCAAUACAUCAAUCCCACGGGUUCAGCUAUGGAUGAAACGCUUGUACCUUUUCAAGAUGUACUUUACCUUCUGGGAAAGUUGGCUCUUAGUACAUAUCCACGAGACACUGACCACUGCAGAGUAGAUCUCAAUGCGGCUCGAAUGAUAUGCAAUGACCAAGAUCCUGUCAACAUUGGAGUCACCACUGGUGUGUUGAUAUGUCAAAACCGUGCAUCAUUGUUGAAAAAUAACUUGGAAUACAAAUUCGUGAACAAAAGUGUUAGAGACUAUCUAAUGGCUGUUGUUUUGUCAACUGACAACCGUUUAGUCCUAGAUGUCAGUCAAAAACUUUUGAAAGCAAAACCUUCACAUAUACUGACCACGACUCAUGACAGAAAGACAGUCAGAUUGAACGAGAUGGACGAUUUGUGUGGUGUUCUAGAGUUGUUAUUUGAUAUAAACAACAAUAUUGCAUGUACACUCCAGGGGGGAAUUACAGACAAAACACUCGAAAUAAUGAAAUCUACUCAUUUCGCGAUGAACAAUGACGAUUCUUGUAUGAAACUUUUCCGAACUGUGCAAAACGCACUGAUCAAUGCAGCAACUGAAAUAGAAGGUAAAGGUGAAGUAGCGCCGUUUCAGUUUGUGUUGUAUGAAAAGUUGGACAAGGAUGAACAAGACCAAUUUGAGGUCAUAUCAAAAAGAUACUCUCAAAGCCUCAAUGCCAUUGUAGUUAAUGGAAGAGACAUUGAUGAGACGAUUGUAUCCAGCAUUCAUGAAUCCGAACAGAGUUUACGCCUUCUUGAUCUGUCGAACACAGACACGAUAGUAACUCUUCCCGUCACGGCAAACUUAGAGAAGCUGAAACUGUAUAAUGUUCCCUUUUCAAACACAACUGUUGAGCAUUUGGAUUUGUCGACCUGCAAACGGAUCGGAACAUUUCUGGCAGAGAAUGUCCGUAUUCAGAAUAUAAACAUAGAAAACGAGACCUUGUGUGAGUGCUUAAUCAAAGGAUGCUUCUCGUUUUCGCCGUCGAUCACGAUCGCCGUUGAGAAAGUUCAAAGUCUACGCCGUCUAGUAUUGCACAGGGUGAGUGUAAAUGGGCCCCUUGAUCUUAAUUGCUGUCAUAAGCUUGAGGAAAUCGAUCUCAACUAUGUAACUGUUAGCGAUGUUACUUUGAAGUGUGAAACAAUGCGUGUUUGCAAACUUACGCUGAUCGGUGAUAAAGUUGCCACAAAUAUAUGCAAAGCCUUGCGGUCGUCCAAAGUGUUAGAAGAAAUUGAGUUGUCAUUCCUAUCGCUCGAUUGCCACCUAGAUCUGUUGAACUCGCCUGUUUUAUCGAAGGUCAAACUAGUUGAAAUAACAGUUGACAAAGUCUGCGUCCAAACUAGAAAUCUCACUGAUUGUUCCCUGUGGUAUCUAAAUAAAGAAGCUACCGUAAGCAUCAUCAACAGCAUGAAACAAAUGAUAAAUAACACAGCUGUGUUUGAAUUUGCAACCAGAGAGAAACAUGAAGAUGUAACACAGCUGAUUUAUCAGUUCUUACCCUCGAUGGUUCAUUUGCAACGUUUGACAAUAGCUGAUUUUGACAUAGGCGAUAACUUGGUAGCACCGCAAAGCAUCCAGGACAUUUCAUUCUGUCGCACUGCCAUAACAUUCAGAACCUUUCAGAAACUUCUAGUACACAUCUUAAAGUUGAGAGAUGUCGUAGAAUGUAGGUUAUUGAAGUGCACAAUCGAGCCAGAAAACGAAUUCAAUAACCUCAAGAAGGUAUUGGAAUUGAGUCAUACCGUAGAGAUAAUAACAGAUGAUAAAUCAAGACAAGACUUUCGAUUUAGAACAGUGAAAGAACAAAACUGACAUUAUUCGCGCUCAAAGGACUACACCGAUAGGGCUAGUGAUUAAAACAUUUCCAUUGCUAUACCUCAUGGUCACGUGAUUGCACGUCUACAUGAUUUUUUUAAAGCAUUCAUUACUCAGAUAAACGCUUUGCUGUUAGGUUUGCGAUCCUGUGUGUUUGGCGUGAAUGUGAUUCAUUGUUCUACUAGUAUUUGUUUUGUGUCUGUUUUGUCGUUUUUAUUAAGUCAUAUGUUCGUACCUAAAGUUUGAGACGAAUCUUACAAUGUCCAAUACUUGAUAUAGAAGUACUUGUUGAUGUUUUAAAUUUGUAGAUAAGGCCAUACCAAAUUGUUGUUUCUUUUACGGAUCUACCGCGUUUGAUGUGGCCUUAGUAUUAGUUACUUUAAACCGUUUUGUGGCAUUAGUUAUGUGUUUAUUUUUGUGUUUCUUGUUGAAGGUAUUUUUCAGAUCUUUUAAGCAAACCCAAUACUUAUCUCUCAUAUCUAUGUGACAUGAAUAUUUUGAUGGUUAUCGUGUUUUAUGUAACUAUAGUAACACACAGCAUGUACAUGCCUUUAUCUUUACAGAAAUGCAGUGUUGCAAUUUUAAGUAUAACUAUGAGACGGAAA